UAAACAACGCGAUUGUGUACCAGAGCCUCAUGAUUCUCGGCUUCCUCCCCAUCCCUUUCCCGCUGUUUCGAUCUUCUUCGCGAGAUAAUGCAUCACUCCACGACCUAGGCACACGGCACGGCAUCUUCGACUCCAGCGAUUGGAACUGUACACUCGGUGGUCGCGUCCGACGUUGGGCAGAACCCGUUGCUGAAGAGUCUUUGACUUCCUAUUACCAACUGAAAGCUUGCCGAACUUCCAAGUCGAAUUCGGCUCCCAGCGCAACCAGCAUUCAUUCGUCUGAGGCCCCAGAUUUCACUAUCUCCUGGGACAGUUGAGACAGACUGAUCGCAGCGUCUCAUCUCACUUUGCCAUCUCUGUUCCUCGAGUCUUGACCAACCAGCGGUUUCACUGCUCUCUCUCACGACAAGCCCGGGCCGUUCAUUCUCAACAUGGCCGGCGACAACGACACCGAGGUGCCCAUCGCCAUCACGGCCCUCAUCAUCGCCAUCGCGGCCCUCUUCGCGGCCACGCUGCAGAUCCUCCAGGCCAUCUUCGCGUCGGCCCGGGGGCUUCCGAACUGCAACAGCGUCGUCAUGGGGGGUUGGUCCAAGGGCACCAAGAUCCGGCCCAAGAUCACCCAGAUGCGCCUCGAGGUCAAGUUCGAGGCGCCCAUCAUCUUCCUCGCGCCCCCGAACAACACCGGCAAGCCGGAGAGCAAGAACGACGUGUGGUGCGCCGAAGGCACCGAGGCGAGCUGCCGGAAGAGCCGCCUGGACUGGGACACGCUGUUCCGGGACUCGCACUCCAAGGCCACCGAGAAGGUGCACACCGUCGACAUGGAGCUCGCGACCUGGGUGUAUCUCCUGGUCGCCAUCGAGAAGAUGGAGAAGGACUCCAAGUUCUGGGAGCUCGAGAAGUUCCACCGCGAGGGAUACCCGGGCACCGUCCCCAAGGACCUCCCCGAGCCUAGUUUGGCCGUCAAGAUCCAGGCGAAGGAGAGGAGCUUCGACGCGAACCCGGCCAUCAAGAAGCCCUUUGCCACGUCCACGAUAUCCCACCUGAUCGAGCUUGCCGCCAUCCUCGGCAUCUAUUGGAAGGUGUUCGACCGCGACAGCAACCAGUACCGCGCCGAAGGAAACGGGUACAGUCUCACGGGCUCCCGCAUCGCGGACCUCGGGGUGCAGUUCACCUUUGAGAAGACGGGGGACACGUCGUUCAAGGAGAGGCGUGUCAUACCGACAUCGGAGGUCAAGGAACUCUGCUUCGGCCGGGUGCCGACGUUGUUUCGGGAGAAGAAGAACCUGGACGAGGACGUCGAGUGGCAAAAGGAGCUCAAGACUUCGUCCGGAACGGGGAUCAAGGUCGAAAUACUGCAGAUGGGCAGCGUCGAGGAGAUUGCCGAGACUCUCACCCAGAUCGGGUGCAACGGCAACACGACGCUCUUCUACAAGGACGGGAAGAAACACCGGCACCUUUUUCCAGUCACUUUCGAGAUCCUCGGCAUGCUCGCAAGGGUGUUGCACAUCCGAGGGCGAUGCUUCCGCUUCCUGCCCAAUCCCACCGUAUUCCCCUGGGACAGGGAGUCGUUCUCGCUGCCGCGACUGCUCGACGCCUUUAGCGAGCGCAUCCUGGACGACCUCACCAUGAUCGAGGAGGAGAUCGAGGCGGUUCCGGACGAUUCCCUAGACAAGGGGGUCCGGUCUGCCGUCGCGGACAUCCGGGCCCUUUCCAAGUCGGCCGCAGAUCUGCACGCGGCCUUCGAGCGCGACCCCAAGCUGACGUGCGACCGGAUGACGGCGCUCCACGGGGCCAUCGCGGCGGCGGACGACAUGCUCAAGGCGAGGGAGCAGGAGAUCGUGCUGGACGUCCUGCGCCGCCACCUGCAAGAGGUCCUGGCGGCCAUCAACAACAACCCGGACUCGGGGGAAGCCAGCAGCCGGCAAGGGAGCGUGUCGUUUGGUCACCUUCUCGGCAUACCGCUCGAGAUGAGGGAGUCGAGGUUCAUGGAGACGUACUUCAAGCGCAUCCUCUGGCGCGUCGUCGGCUCCGCCAAGAACAGCAGGAGGGAGGACGAGGUCGUCUCGCAGGCCAUCCACGAAGACACCGAGAAGCGUCUGUCGCGUCACGAGAACGGCCAGUCGCAGGCCGGGAACGCCGUCGCGUUCGUGUCGUCGCCGUCGCCCGAGACGAGCAGCCCGGCGGAGCCAUCCGCCACGGCCGGGUCCCCGGUCGAGUCCCCGGCGGUCGAGUCGGUCCCGACGCCCGGUAUCAGCAAGAGGGGCUCCUGGCCGCAACGGGUCGAGACGGAGCUGCACAACCGGACUGAUGCGGCCCGGAUGAACACGAUCGCCGAGCAGCCGGACUGGACGACGACGGCGACGAAGCACGUCGAGAUGCAGCGGGCGGCCGUGUGGUACACGCUGGUAUUCCGGAUGAUCUGCUGGCUGAUGCUGCACGACUUUGACAAGAAGGACGUGCAGCUGCCCAAGAGCGAGCUGAUUGGGAACAGGCAGACCGUCUUUAUUUUAUGAACAAAACGAGGCGUUGUAAAUUCUUUUCAAGCAGCAAGCCAUGGCGGUGUUUCUUACUAUAUUUAUAGGUCUUGAUGUUUUGGUUUAGGAGGAUCUCCUUGGACGUUAUUAUAUCAAAUGCCCCGGGGGGGGAGGGGAGGCCUCGGGAUGAGAUAAGGUGUAAAGAUGGGACGACGCACGAAAUGAAUAAUCCAGUGAGGGAAAUCUUUCGGUUUUACCAUUGAAAGAUCGGACUCUCUCUAAAAUUGAAGCUGCUGGAGGUGUUUUCUGAUAUCU